AUGGAAAAGUUUGACUGCAUUGUGGUGGGCGCAGGAUGGUACGGCCUGGCCGCCGCAAAGCAGUAUCACUGCACGCAACCAGAGUCCCCGCUGGUUGUCUUCGACUCCCAGCCCACCCUCGGCGGCACUUGGGCCGAAGAGCGCUUGUACCCGGGCUUGAAAAGCAAUAACAUGCUGGGAACUUACGAAUAUCCUGACUUUGCCAUGGACAGUGAGACAUUCAACAUCAAGCCAGGGCAGCAUAUCCCAGGCGAGACCAUCAGCAUCUAUCUCAAAGCUUAUGCAGACAAGUUUGGCAUCACCGACAAGAUCCGAUCAAGCCACAAGGUCAUUGUGGCUGAACAUCAAGAAAACAACGAAGGCGGCUGGUUCUUGACAGUCGCAAAUGCCAAAGAUGAAGAGAAACGGGUGUUCGCUCGGCGCCUGAUUGUUGCGACUGGCUUAACAUCUGAACCGUGGCUGCCUCAUUUCGAUGGGCAAGAGUCUUUCGGAGGUCGCAUCUUCCAUGGCAAGUACUUUCAGCAGAAUGCCAAUACCUUAAAAACGACAAAGACUGUGACGGUCUUCGGGGGCACGAAGUUCGCAUGGGAUGCCGUCUACUCAUAUGCAACUGCUGGUGUGAAGGUGAACUGGGUCAUCCGGUCAACGGGGCAUGGACCUUGCUGGAUGGUGCCCCCUUAUGUCACACCACUCAAGAAAUGGCUAGAAAAGCUUGCCAACACGAGAAUGUUGACUUGGUUCAGCCCAUGCGUGUGGGGUGAUGCUGACGGCUAUAUCGGCACGCGUAACUUUCUCCAUGGCACUGCCGUUGGAAGAACCAUCGUUGAUGCCUUUUGGAAAGUGCUUGGCGGCGAUGUGAUGACGCUCAACGCCUAUGACUCUCAUCCGGACACGGCAAAGUUGAAGCCUUGGACAGAAGUGAUGUUCACAGGCACCAGCUUCAGCAUUCUCAACUACGAGACCAAUUUCUUUGACUUGGUCAAGGAAGGCAAAGUCAGUGUCCAUCUCGGGGAGAUCGAUCACCUCAGCGCUGGGAAGGUUCAUCUUUCUGACGGAACUGAGUUGCCUGCCGAGGUCCUGCUAGCUCACACCGGCUGGAAACACGUCCCACCAAUCAAGUUCCUCCCAGAAGGUAUCGAGAAGGAGCUCGGUAUACCACAUGCGCCCAUCGAGAAUGCACCCCGAGAAGAUCUCGCCGGCCAGACCGACCUCGUUGACCUCGCCGACGAGGAGAUCUUACAGCGCUAUCCAAGGCUCAAGAAUCAGCCGGUAUGGAACAAGGAUUAUGUUCCCUCGACCAACCAAAAGGGCAUCGACAGCGACGACGUAGUGACCCCUUACCGAACCCUUACGCCCUACAUGCUUCACCACUUCAUCGUACCGCCAUCGGAGCGCUUCUUGCGCACACGCGACACAGCAUUUAUCGGCAUGGUCUGCAACUUCAGCAACGUCAUCACGGCUCAUGUUCAAGGCCUUUGGAUCAGUGCGUACUUCUCGGGCCUUCUUGCCAAAGAUCCUGCGGAGGCAGUAGGUGAUGACUCGGCGAUGCAAAAGUUGCAAUACGACACAGUCUUGCUGAACCGUUUUGGCAAAUGGCGUUACCCUACAGAUUGGGGCUCCAACAAGUGCCCAAGCUUUGUGUUUGACGCUGUUCCUUACCUAGACCUACUGCUGAGGGACCUCGGUCUCGCCCAUUACCGGAAGAAGGGAUUCAUGGCCGAGUGGUACUCGCCUUAUGGGCCAGAAGACUACAGUGAUGUCAAUGAGGAAUGGCAGGAGAAGUUCGCGAAGGGCAAGGCCAUUGAUGCUACAUCGACUUAA